AUGGCCACCGAGAAGCGCGAAAAGCUCGAAGCCCAGAUCAAGUCUGUGGACAUGAGCGAGGACAUGCAGCAGGAAGCCAUUGAAGUUGCUACCGAGGCCAUGGAGAAGUACCAUAUCGAAAAAGACAUUGCGCAAUUUAUAAAGAAGGAGUUCGACUCACGAAAGGGCGCUACCUGGCAUUGCAUCGUCGGAAGGAACUUUGGAAGCUUCGUCACUCACGGUAUGCUAAGCUUGGGCCGUUUGAAAUGUUUUGGCCUAGCUGACUCGCAGACAGAAACCAAGCACUUCAUAUACUUCUAUCUCGGCCACUGCGCCAUCCUCCUAUUUAAAACACAAUAA